ACAGAGCGACUGCUGGCCUGACUAGCUCAGCAGACUCAUUUAAUCAGGGGACUCGAGUCCUCAGCUUUUAGUCGAAGCGCAAACUAAAUUGGUCAAUGACAGCGAUUCCUACGAAUGCGAUGGGCUGGUGUGCAGGUGAGCCAACGUGAGGACAAGCUCCCCAAAGGAACCGCUUUGGUCCGUUCGCACAUGGGAACCGAGUCACCCGACCUUAUCCGCAUUUUAACUGUUUGACAACGGACUCUGGGGUACAGAAGCAUGUCAAGGGACAGCAUGACAGCUCUACCAGGAGCCCAUUCACACAACGCGAGCCCCGCUUCACCUAAGGAGAAUGGGCAUAGCGUUCAGCCCAGUGCCAACUUUCCCCAUCUCUCAGCGGGGGACAUGCCCGAUGAUACCCGGGUGUCCUCGACCAGCGACCUGACCCAGACCUGGGUUCACUUCGCUAAAACGUUUGUUCUUAUUUUCCCCAUUUACGCCCUGGGCUAUUUUGAGUUUAGCUUCAGCUGGCUGUUGAUUGGACUUGUUAUCUUUUUCUGGUGGAGGAGGAACACAGGAGGGAAGCACAGCCGACUGAGCCGAGCUCUGGCUUUCUUUGAGCAAGAGGAGAGAAAUGUCAAGCAGGGUCUUACGACCUCUGAUUUACCACCAUGGGUCCACUUCCCAGACAUAGAGCGAGUGGAAUGGCUAAACAAGACGGUGAAACAGAUGUGGCCCUACAUCUGCCAGUUUGUGGAGAAACUGUUCCACGAGACAAUCGAGCCUGCAGUGAAAGAGUCCAACGGCCACCUCAGCACCUUCUGCUUCAGCAAAAUCGAUAUAGGAGACAAACCCCUGAGGGUCAAUGGAGUCAAGGUUUAUUCAGAGAAUGUGGAUAAGCGACAGAUCAUCAUGGACCUACAGAUCAGCUUUGUUGGCAACACAGAGAUUGACGUGGACAUCAAACGCUACUUCUGCAAAGCUGGCAUUAAGAGCAUCCAGAUCCACGGUGUGUUGAGGGUGGUGAUGGAACCGUUGCUGGGUGAUAUGCCUCUUGUUGGAGCUCUGUCUCUGUUCUUCCUCAAGAAGCCACUUCUGGACAUAAAUUGGACUGGCCUCACCAAUCUACUGGACAUUCCAGGGCUCAAUGGCCUCUCUGAAAGUCUGAUUCAAGACAUUAUCUACAAUUAUCUGGUUUUACCAAACCGUGUCACCAUCCCACUGGUUGGGGAUGUGGAACUUGCCAAGCUUCGCUUCCCAAUGCCAAAGGGAGUCCUGAGGAUCCACUUCUUGGAGGCUCAGGAUCUGGAAGGGAAGGAUAAAUUUCUGGGAGGGCUGAUCAAGGGCAAGUCUGACCCAUACGGCGUCCUGCAGAUCGGCAACCAGCUGUUCCAGAGCAAAACGGUUAAGGAGAGCCUCCAUCCCAAGUGGAAUGAAGUUUUCGAGGCGCUGGUGUACGAGCACUCAGGUCAACAUCUUGAGAUUGAGGUGUUUGAUGAGGAUCCAGACAAAGAUGACUUCCUGGGAAGCCUUAUGAUCGAUAUGACUGAGCUGCACAAAGAACAAAGGGUUGAUGAGUGGUUUGACCUGGAAGAAGCACCUACUGGGAAGCUCCACUUAAAACUAGAGUGGCUGUCUCUGCUCUCCACUCCUGAGAAGUUGGACCAGGUGUUGCGAAGUGUGCGAGCAGACAGAAGCCUGGCCAAUGACGGGCUGUCGUCAGCACUGCUGGUGGUCUAUCUGGACACAGCAAAGAAUCUACCAAGUGUCUUCACAGGCAGCUUAGGCUGUGGAAACUUAAGUGAGAGGAGGGCAUCUGGGCUAGUCUUUUGUGAGAGCAAUACUUCAGAGUAUAGAACAAUAUUUAGCAACUUGUCAGAUUUCAUCAAUGACGGGUUGAAGCAAGUCUCAGUCUUUAAGGCCCUGAAGUGUGCAAAAAAGAGCAGCACUGAACCCAACCCUUAUGUCCAAUUCACUGUUGGACACAAAACACUUGACAGUAAGAUCCGGUACAAGACCAAGGAGCCUCUGUGGGAAGAUUGUUUCUCAUUCCUUGUUCAUAAUCCCAGGAGGCAGGAGCUCGAAGUGGAGGUAAAAGAUGACAAGCACAAAUGCACUCUGGGUAAUGUGACGGUGCCUUUGAGCAGCCUGUUGAUGGAGGAGGACAUGACGCUGACCCAGUGCUUUCCUCUCAAGAACUCCGGGCCCAGCUCCACCAUCAAACUUAAAAUGGCCCUGAGGAUCCUGUCCCUUGAGAAGCAGGUAUCCUCAAACCAGCCUUCCUCCGUCCAGGUCAGGAAAUCCAGCGUGCCGCAGUCAGCCACAGCCCCCUCCCAAAGACAGUCCACCUCAGAUUUCCCGCUGCCUCCACCCACACCUCCACAACCUAUAGACGCUUCCACCCUCACCCUCCAGCAAAGGGAUGGCGAGCCGUACUCAGCCAGCCCUCUUCGCAGCAUCUCCAACCUAAGUACCUGCAUGUCUAGUUCCCAGAAACACCUGCCUCAUAAGGAGUCCACACCCAGCCUGGCCUCGGAUAUCUCCCUGCCCUUUGCCACAUUGGAGCUUCAGCAACGGCUUCGUCAGCUGAAUGGCUCGGCCCCCAGCCAGUAUCCCUUGGGUGAGGUCCAGCUGACUGUUCGACACAGCUCCCAGAGGAACAAACUCAUUGUGGUGGUGCACGCCUGCCGUAACUUGAUAGCCUUCACUAAAGAUGGCUCAGAUCCCUUCAUCCGCCUCUAUUUGCUGCCUGACAAGAGCCGUACGGGGAGGAGGAAGACCUGCACAGUGAAGAGGACCCUUAACCCGGUUUAUGAUCAAACGUUUGAAUUUAGUGUAUCUAUGGUGGAGCUCCACAGGAGAACUCUGGAUGUAGCAGUGAAGAACGGAGGGAGCAUCCUGUCCAAACACAAAGGGCUCUUGGGAAAGGUGCUGGUAGAUUUAAGUGGGGAGGAUAUAUCAAGAGGAUGGACACAAUGGUAUGAUUUGAGUGAAGAUGGACUGUCAUCUCAAGGUAUAACAAGUAUUCAAGACCCCCUCCUCACAUAGUGAAACCACCUAUCUAAUGUAAUAUAGUGAUUUUGUUAAUCUAAGGGCACAUCAUUUUGUUGUUUUCAUGUAUAUUUUUCACAUAGUUUACAGGAAUUGUUUCAGCGUGUAAGUAAGUUUUUGAAACAUUUCCUAUUAUUAUUUCAUUAAUGAUCACAAUGGGAAAAAAACAUAUUGUAAUGAAACACACUAACUGCCUUGUCUCUGUUUUCAGUGUUUCAUGUAAAUAUCAAGUUGCUAAUGCAUAGUUACAAUAAUUUGCAGGGGUUUUCGUGGCAUUAUAUUUACUUAAAGGAAAUGAUGUUGAAAUCGGUCAAUACUGUUCAUGCUCUCUGUCCAGUUUCUUAAAAUGGGACAAAGUCUGUCUGUUUGUCUUGUGAGAAAACUCUUACCAAAGGAACGGAUACAAUCACAAAAGUAGGCUUAAGUAGCAGUCUUGACUCUGAUAUUUUUUGUCAUGCAGUGUUAUUUGAUAGUUUACCUCUUAUUGUUCUUUCUGCUUGAAUACAAACAUGGGAUGCAUAUAUGCAAAAAAUAAAAUGAUUACUCUGUAUAUUGUAAGAGGACUUUGUGCAAUAUUGGUUGUUCUGAAUAUUGUGUCAGAUAAUGAAGAUCUGAGGGCAUUUUAGGGCUAUGAACAAGUGCUGUGUAAUUUGACUAAAGGAUACUUGAAUAAGGCUUCAAUUGUCGAAACCAAAUGUGAGUCGAACAACGUGAAAAAAUGAACAGAGACAAUUAUUGCGUUUUAUGAGCAGGGCUGCCAGAAUCAAGAUGGCUAUGUCAUAGGCUUGUACAUGUUUUGCCAUGCAAUUAUAACUGUUUGUUGAGGCUUUUAAAUAUUUUUCUUGUUAUCUAUCCCGUGCCUUAAAAAAACCACAAUGUAAUUUUUGCCUUCCAAAUGUUAUUAUUUUGAAUGAUAUGAUGCCU